GCUAAUAGAAGUAACUGAUGUUAUUAAGAUAAAUACCUAACAAAAUUUCUAUUUCAAUACUUUUUUGAUUUCGACUUGAAAAUCUAGUCCCACCUGCAUAAUUAUAUAUGAAGAGAGACGUGUAUACGACUACAUUAUUGUACUUGUUCAUAUGUUUUUGUUAAAAGUAGACUUUAGAAAACUUCUUGGUCCCUAUUCACAGCUAAUUGUUUGAUCCUUCAUUUCGGCAAUUUUUUGCUUUCAGUAAAAGUUUGUUGAUUUCAAAAAGAACCUUUGAACAUCUCCACAGACUUUAGUUCAUUAAUCUUUUUGAUUUUCCAUUUGUAGUGUGUAUAAUAAAAUUUCAUCGGUGAUAUUGGAUGGCGGUGUCAGAAGAAGGUUUCCAGGCCAGAAAACGGCGGCCUUCAGCCGGAGCAUUCGUCUCGCCAAGCCUCUCCGAUAACAAUCUCCUCCAGUCUCUCUUUCUUCUCUCUCAAGAAAUCAUCUUUCUCUCACCACUCAGAAUUCUCUUCAAGAAAAGCUCAUCCUCAAUAACAAGGAAAUCAAGACUCCUCUCCAUCUUUUUCGAAGAGCUUCUUCGCAACCUGGUAAACAUUUUCCCACCUUCAGCUGCCUUGUGCUUUGAAGAAUUGUACAUAGUUUUGCAAAGGAUAAAAAUUCUCCUGGAAGAUUGUUCCAGCUGUAGCAAGAUGUGGCUGCUAAUGCAAACACCAUCAAUUUCGAAUUCAUUUCAUCAAAUGACCAGAGAAUUAUCGACCCUUUUGGAUAUUUUCCCUGGAAAAGAGUUGAAUUUAAACGAAGAUGUCGAAGAGUUGUUUAAUCUGAUCAAGAAACAGUGCUCAGAACAGACAUCUGAUUUUGAUUCUAACGAUGAAAAUCUUCGAGUUCAGGUUUUGAAAUUGCUGGAAGAUGUUAAAAAUGAAAUCGUUCCUGAUUCUAAGAGGCUUUCAGAGAUUUUCGACAGAUUAUCUUUACGUGAUUCCACAAGUUGCACUACUGAAAUUGAAAAUUUAGAAGAUGAAGUGCAAAAUUCAAACGAUGACAAGUCAAAAUCCGAUAUAGUUGCACUGAUCGGGCUUGUACGCUAUGCAAAAUGUGUGUUGUAUGGUGCCUCAACGCCUAGAAACACCAGCAGGCGGCGGAAGUCGGUGUCGGAUGUGAAUUUUCCGGCGGACUUUCGGUGUCCCAUUUCGCUUGAUCUGAUGAGGGACCCUGUGGUGGUGUCCACGGGACAAACUUACGACCGGUCGUCUAUAUUAUUUUAUUAA